GAGGCGCCCCGGAGCGCGGCAGGGGCCGCCUGGGGACCCGCGCUGGCGGCGGCCCCUGAACUGGCAGGAGCCAGCGGGCGGGAUGCGCCCCGCCGGGAGCAGGUGCCGGUUGCCUUUGCCUUUCCCAGCCAAUAGACACUCGCUGGUGCGAUGGAUGAAAUGAUGGAGCUGCGGACGGAUGGGAAUUCCCUGCUCAAGGCGGUGUGGCUAGGCAGACUCCGGCUGGCCAGGCUCUUGCUAGAAGGUGGGGCCUACAUUAAUGAAAGCAACGAGAAGGGAGAGACCGCUCUCAUGGUGGCCUGCCUCACUAAACACGUGGAUCAGCAGAGCACAGACAAAGCCCGGAUGGUGAAGUAUCUGCUGGAUUAUGGGGCUGACCCCAACAUCCAGGACAAAGCCGGCAGAACAGCCCUGAUGCAUGCGGCCUGCCUCAGAGGAGCUGGGAAAGAGGUCAUUUCUCUGCUGCUGGAGAACGGAGCAGACCCGAGCCUAGAAGAUCAUUCUGGAGCCUCUGCUCUGGUUUAUGCGGUCAAUGCACAUGACCAGGACGUGCUGAAACAUCUCCUGAGAGCCUGCAGAGCUAAGGGGAAGGAGGUGAUCAUUAUAACUAUGGACAAGUCCUCUUCAGGUACCACGGCCACCCAACAAUACCUUAACGUCCCGCCAUCGCCAGAGCCAGGGGAGAGGCGGCGCCCGGGCGUGUGCAUGACGCCUUCGGAGACCGAAUUGAAAGUGCCCACUUCAGGGGCCUCAGCCGCUGCGAAGGAAGAGCCCUUCUUCCGCUUCCACCCCGCACAUGCCAGCGGGUGCCAGCUGGCCCAGGCCCUUCACGAGCCCUGCUCUCCGACCAGGAAAUUCUGCAACCCCAGAAGAGCCCGUCUGCCGCAGCUGAAGAGGCUGCAAUCGGAACCCUGGGGCUUGGUUGCACCUUCUGUUCUUGCCUCCUCUGCCCAUCUGGACGAGGCCAAGACGGUGCGUGCAGAUGAGGAAAUCAUCCUGGGCAUCAAUGACUUGUCGCUCCGCAGAAAGGGUUCCUUACCCAGGAACGGCAGCAGGAAGGGUAGCGACUUGUCCCUCUUCCCUUUGGGGGAUGACCAGGCUCUGAAGAUCCCAGCAACUUCUGUGCCGGGAUCAAGGAAACCAUCCUAUGACAAAACUCAGGCCCUUCCUCAGCGCGUAGCCAGGAGGGGCGCUGUCCCUGCUGAGCCAGAGAACCCCAGCUCCACCGGCUCGGGCUCCGCAGCCUGCAAAGACACCCUGCCUCGGAGAAGGCUGGGCACUGCGCAUUACGAUUCAGAUUCACAGCUCUACUGUGACUCCAGCUCCAUUCUGGCCGAUGCGGGGAAGGUGCCUUUGGAGAGAAAACAGCUCACUAGUUCCCAUUUGGCUAAGUCCAACAGCUCCUGGGAAUCCCUGGACAGCAUGUCCAGCACGUCUCCCGGCACCAGUCGCCGCAGGCCACCCAAUUUGCUGGAAAGACGUGGCUCUGGGACACUCCUGCUCGAUCACAUUUCUCAUACCCGACCAGUGUAUUUGCCUCCUUUGAAUGUAAACCCCAACCCGCCAAUUCCCAACGUCGGCUCUUACAGCAAACCGGCUUCCCCGCUCGCUGGGGGCUUCAAACCCAUAGUGGCUGCUGCUCCGAGUUCACCGAGAACGGGAGACUUGCGAACCAAGAAGAAGCUGCUUCGAAGACACUCGAUGCAGGUUCAGCAGAUGAAACAACUCUCCAAUUUUGAGGAAAUAGUGGCCCGUAGUUUGUAUUUCAAUGGAUUUUCCAUAAACACGCACAAGGCCCCCCGGGUGGAGCACAAGAGAGCAGGGUGUCCCUGCGGCUGACACCCCCCACUCCAGGAGGGGCAGGGCAGGGUCAGAUCCCCACAGCCUUGCACCUUGCAGAGGUCUGGGCGCCGGGGCCAAGCCAGGAGCAUUUUACAAUCUCGUUGCCCAGCUGUGGGGACACCACCAGGUACAAACGGGGGGAAUCGGCACCAAGUACUAAAAACGUUUCUCCACGAGUGCCCCAGGUCUGGGCUUGUUCCGCAGGAUGGAUCCGGUGAAGAGUUGAUCAUAGAGGAACCUAGAGUGUGAGACACACAAAAGAACAUGAUCCCCAUUCAUUCGUUCUCCAAUUCUCUGUCCUUAAUCUCUAGUCUUUCCCACCCCCAUGGAAACAGUCCUGGGAUUGCCAGUGCCCGUGGGGCUGGUGUACUUCUCAAGUGCCUACCAGAAACAGAGCAGGGCUUCCUGCUGCCAGGGGGAGGAAGAGCCCAGCACCCCUGACCCGCUGAAUGUAUUGACACCUGCCCUGAGCCGGAGAAGGGACAGGACUUCCAAGAAAUCUUAGCACUUUAACAGGCCAGAGAAUGGAGCAGAUCCGCUCCUGGUGACACUCCAGUGCAAGCAACAGGACUGCACCAGGGGGGAAAUCAGCCACUGAGGCUGCCAGGCCCCCCAUUGCUUGGCGAGAUGCUCUGCUGUGGGCACUGCGCUGCCUGGCAGGGAAGGCGGGCAGCAUUCCCCAUCUCUAGCCCGUGGGAAGAGCGGGGACUCGGCCAGGUCUUUUCUCGGGGGAGGGGACCCGGAGUGUGGAGCAGAGCAGGGCCCAUGUCUCGGGCCAAGGGCUCGUGGGGAAUUCAGCCCCGUGCUCUGCUCCUGGGAGGUGCUUGGCCAUUUAAGUCACAUGCUGCUACUGGCUCUGUUCCAAUCAGGGAGGCUCAGAGAAUUUCUACCCCAUGGCCAUCUGACCCCAGCCCCCAAAGGGCCCCCCCAACAGCACAUAGCCCCCGCCCUCGAGAGGCUGUGGGGGAGCCCCUCGCUGGGUUCCCGGCCAGCUGCAGGUGGUGAGUGAGGGGCUGCAGGGUCAGCCCCCACCCGCUGCAUCCAUGGUGACAUGGGCAAGGCCCUCACCCUUGGCUUCACUGCGGCUGCACCUGGGGCACAAAGGGGCCCCAAGCCCAUUCAGCCCAGCAUAGGGGGACCCUCUGGUGACAGCACAGCAGCUCCUGAUCUCUCCCUGCUGAGCACAGCUGCCACAACAGGCCCUUGGGGCCACUGGCAGCAGCACAAAUUGGCGCAGCCUUCAGGCUGCUCUAACUCAUGAUGUGGGACCAGCCUGUUUAAGGCCAGUCCAGGCCUGGGGGAGGGUAAAGAUGCCUUGAGCCAACACCCCUCUGAGCUGCACUGUGCAUUCUACACCUGCAGCCAAGGAUCGGGGCAUUUUACUGAUCUAGCCACCCCCCCCAUCCACUUCCAGAGUGGGGGCUGGGAUUGGCGUCACAUUGGUUUGGCAGUUACCUUCCCUGCACCAGAAGCCAAGGCUGGGCUCUUCAUAGGGGAAGCCCUUGCCCCCAGCCCAAAAGCUGAGCUGGGAGGGUGGCAGGGACAGACCUGAGCUAGUGCAGAUUGGGGCUGGAGCUGUAGUGAUGCAGGGGGAGGGGCAGCCAGGGACAGCCCUACAAAAUGAGUGCCCCAGCGAGCUGUCCACACGGCCUAUUCCUAGCCUUCGUCUGGAGUGAGCAAACGUGGGUACAUAGCUGUAUGCGGUAGGGUCCGUGCAGCCUGCAGGGUGUCAGAGGACCCUGGGCCCCCAUUCAGCUGCCGGCUCUGCACGGGCAUCCCAUUACAGGAUUGGGGCCUAAAUAGAGACCGACUGCAGCUGCUUUGUCAGGACAGCAAGGCCUGGGGCAGCUAACCCCAUCUCAGCGCUCUGCACUCCCCCACUCCCAGAAGUGUUUCUCCCCAUCUGGUACGGGGGUGGAUAUGGGUAGGCGAGUGGACUGGUUUGGCAUGUAGGUGCUCAGCUAAACCCCACUCAGCCAGAACCUCUGCUGGAGGGGAAAUCUCCUUCUAACCCUGGCGCCCACGGUUUGGAUUGUUCAUCUCCCUUAAACACGUGUCACGAGUUUACCCCAACCGAGGAGAACGGCCACAGGCUUAGCUCAUGAAUGCCUCAAUAUCCCAACUCCCGCUGCCAGCCCAGCCCAGCCGUACCUGGCACGUACCUCACUGCGACCUAUGGCACUGUGUCCUUGUGUCAUUGCCCAGGCCAGCCAAAUUACGCGCUUCAUUUAGUCCCCUCUUGCAGCUCUCCCGAGGAUGCUCAUACCUUCCCCAGUGCACUAGCUGUUCUCUAGGCUGUUGCAAAACCUUCCAAGGUUCCUGCCCAAAGCAGCCUUGAGCUGUGCUUUAAACUGCACAAGAACAUUCUUUCAACGUGCAUUUCAGAUUUCAAUACCCUCUUUAGAUCGAAGGUGAGCUUACAUUUUUAGAGCCUUAAGGUUUAUACUUACUGUAAGUCAAGUGUCUUCUCUAUGGAACUUGAGGCAUAUUCUCCCUGUUGUAAUGAAGUGUCUGUUGAAAUAUAUUUUAGAUUGAGGAUUUCAAGCCUACAGUUCGCCACUUCUGGUCAUUCCUAGAUAUUACAAUCUCUUUUUUUUUUUCUGACGGUGAACGUCCUUCGCAACUGAUUUAGGACAAUGGUGCCCUGCAGAACGCAGGUGGUAUGUUUUGAGCUUCCUGCGCAAUGUACAUUGGAUUGGAAAUAUGCCACGUUCUCCUUUAGCGUAACAUACUGUGAUAUUGUUUGUUACAUUUUAAAGCGUGCCUGUGCAGACAAAGAUGUUUGAAGAUACUGUGGGAUAGUUUAGACUUUAUUACCUGUCCU